CGCCCGAUGCCUCCACCCCGCCGCUCGCUCCUCUCCUCCCUCCUCCGCCUCCGCGCCUGCUCCUCCCUUGCCUACCACCCACCGCGGCCGCCGCCGCCUUCCUCGCGCCGCCACCAGUUCGUCGCCGACCCCAACGCCGCCGCCGCCACCACAGCUCGAACCGGCCUCGGCCUCGGCGUCGGAAGCAAUCCCUUGGACCCGGCGCAGCUCCUCCGCGACGACCCGGUCUCCAUCACCGCGUCGCUGUGGGUCUCCUCCUUCCGCGCCGCCGCACCAGGCAACGACGCCGCGCCGCCGCCUCCCCCGCCCUCGCUCGCGCCCUUCCUCACGCGCCUCGAGCUCUGGGUGCUCGCCUACCAGAAGGCCUACGCCGACGAGACGGGCUCCUACCUGCCCCGCUCCUCCAUCCCGGCCUCCACGCUCGCCUCCCUCCUCACGCUCCGCAACGCCGUCAUCGACGCCCGCUUCCGCUUCGGCAACCGCCUCACCCCCUACCUCCAGUCCCCGCGCGCCGCGGCCUCCCCGGACCCCAGCACGCUCUCCAAGCGCAAGCUCCGCGCCCUCCUCACCACCCCGGGCCCGGCCCCCUUCCAGGACCGCGUCGUGCAGGAGCUGCUCCUGCUGCUGCUCGAGCCCGUCUACGAGUCGCGCUUCUCGCCCAAGUCCUUCGCCUUCCGCCCCGGCCGGUCCCCGCACGCCGCGCUCCGCAGCAUCCGCCGGACCUGGGCGCCCUACCUCUGGUACAUCAGGGGGGAUCUGUCCCCGCUGCUCGACUCCCCUGACCCUGCGCUCGUGGUCGGCGCGCUCAUCCGUGAUGUGCGCGACAAGAAGGUUGUCGAUUUGGUCCGCUCCGCGCUGCUUACUCCAGUGGUGACAGCAAGGCCGGGUGACGAUGAUGCAUCGAAGAAGAAGAAGAAGAGGAAGUACCAGAAAAAGAAGGUGCUGCCGGAAGGGGAGCCGAAGCCUGACCCCUACUGGCUGCAGACCUUCUUUGGGUUCGCACCGGAGGAGGCGCUGACCCAGCCGGAUUGGGGGCAUUGUGGGGUGCUCAGCCCGUUGCUCGCCAAUGUGUGCCUGGAUGAGUUUGAUAAAUGGAUGGAUGAGAAGAUCAAGGAGUUUUACAAGCCGUCCAAGUCCGAUGUCGUGGGAGGGGAGGAUGGCAUCGAGCAGGGGAAUACAUCAUGGCCGGAGUUUGUUCCCACGAGCGGGCCUGACAAAACAAGGAAGGUGGAUUACAUUCGCUUUGGUGGGCAUUUCCUGAUUGGGGUUAGGGGCCCUAGAGCCGACGCUGCAGUGAUCCGGAAGCAGCUCAUUGAGUUCUGCGACCAGCGGUUCAGGAUCAAGCUUGACAAUGAGACCCUCCCAAUUGAGCACAUCACUAAAGGGAUCAUGUUCCUCGAUCAUGUCCUGUGUCGUCGUGUUGUGUACCCAACCCUCCGUUACACAGCCACUGGAGGCAAGAUCAUUAGUGAGAAGGGGGUUGGUACUCUGCUCUCGGUUACAGCCAGUUUGAAGCAGUGCAUCAGGCAGUUCCGGAAGCUAGAGUUUUUGAAGGGAGAUCGUGAACCAGACCCACAGCCAUGCUUCAGGAUGUUCCAUGCCACACAGGCCCACACAAACUCACAGAUGAAUAAGCUUUUGAUGACGAUGGCAGAAUGGUAUCGCUACGCUGAUAACCGCAAAAAGGUUGUCAACUUUUGCUCUUACAUUAUAAGGGGGUCCUUGGCAAAGUUAUAUGCUGCCAAGUAUAAGCUGCGCUCAAGGGCAAAGGUUUAUAAGAUUGCAUCAAGGAAUCUUAGUCGACCAUUGAAGGAUAAGAAAGGGCAGUCACCAGAAUACACCAAUUUGCUGAGAAUGGGUCUUGUGGACUCAGUUGAUGGACUUCAGUAUACAAGGAUGUCCAUGGUUCCUGACCCCGACUAUACACCAUUACCAAGUGGAUGGCGCCCAGACCAUGAGAAGUUUCUGAUGGAGUAUAUAAAACUCACAGAUCCACAGACAUUGGAAGAGCAACGAAGCUGCAUUAGAGAGGAAGGGCUUAUAACGCCACAGGACCAAAUUUCAAUGCUCGUAUGGAGCUACAAGAAAAAUGCUGCUUUACUACCUUCUUCAAAAGAAAGUGAUGUCCAAGGAUCCAUAGAAGACCCUGGUUCAGAUACAGAUGAAUUGAAUAACAGUGAGCUAGGGCAUGGCAGCAAUCAGGUUUUUUCACAACCUGCUGAAAUGUCAUGAGUGUCGAUAAUUUCUGUAAAAUCGCCAAGGAUUAAUGAACAUGAAAGUUGGUUGGUGCCUUUGAAUUUA